AUGGAGAAAUAUGACGGCAAUGCCGACAGUCAAGGGGCUGAAUCGAUUGACUCAAGUGUUAGGCCUUAUACCCGUCUGGUGAGUGCAAUGAGCAGGAACCAUCCAAACCUUUCCAGCCUCGCCAGGAUCUUGUGUCAGCCCUCAGAAGAAGGCGCUGCUGCUGUGGUUGAACUCCGAGAUACUGUUGCGGCAGCAGAACGCUUCUGCACCUCAGCUCAGCUCCAGGAGUAUAUAACCGAUCAUCACACCUGCAGCCGGCGCUUGUUCCUCGUCCAAGGUCUGCCGUCAAACUAUAUCGAAACCCUUGGCGCUGCAUUCAACAUCGAUCCCAAUUUCUUUGCUCGCCAGAUCCUCAGUGGCAUGGCCAUUCACACCAACAAGAGCAUGCGAGAUGUCCCGCUGCUGUCUUCACAUCCGACUUCGCGAGGGUCAUUCUGCAUCAGAUACCACGAGCUUCGAGAAUUCGCCGAUGCUAUUGGUGACUGGGAGCUUCGCGUGUUGGACCAGCCGCGGAGAGUUAGCGUAUCGAAGUUCAAUGGGGUGUUCGAUGGCGUUGGCAUUGUCCGGAAAACCGCAAGCGUGUGGUUCAGAGCACGAGAAAAAGGAGAAGGAUGGGAUGCGAUCAUUCUGCUGGAUCCUCCAGUAGGUGACCAGUUCUAUGUUGGACUCGAAAAGAGACAGUGCACUCUCAGAAGUGUCCUGUACCGUGGAGGUUACAUCGACUUCUCUCCACUACGACAGGACAGCCUCGCCCCGAAUUACGCUGCUCGCACUGGCCCUAGGAGAGAAAGCGCCUUGGAAGAUCUAAUCUACUACUACACGCAAGCCGAGCCACCCGGAGUCGCUAGAUACGACACACCGGAGACAGUCACUGGGGUCUUGAAGCGGUAUGUCGCGUCGCAUUGGAUGAUUCAAUUGCGGUACAACCUCGAUCUCCUGGUCAAAUACGAGAACACCUAUCAUCGUGCCUGCUUCUUUGCCAGCGUAUCAUCGACGCUGAUCCAAAACUCGUUACGAGACGUGCAACAUCUGAAUGACCGGGUCGCCGGCUGGCGCGAGCAGGUCGACCGGUCGAUUAGCCAGUUCAAGGCCUCCGGUACAUUGGGCAGUUUCCCUGGACAAGCGGGCAACGAUCCCGGCGAGGACGACUUCAUCCAUAUCCUCCACGAUCUGCGUGAGCUGAGCGGCAGAGUUCAGGCUGUCAUCAGCUCUAUGACAGGCCUUGUCAGCAUCAUCGAGACUAUGAGGAUGAAGGAGCUCAGCAUACUCGCGAUGGUAUUUAUCCCACUUGGGCUAGCCUCUCAGCUGUUUAGCAUGGAGGAAGAAUAUGCGCCUGGUAAACCUGGGUUCUGGGUCUACUGUGUGGUUGGACUAUGUCUUGUCCUGCUUGUGUUUGUGGUGGCAUUUGGCCUCAAUCCUGGGACGACACUCCUGAAGACAUUGAAGCUGAAAAGGCGGGCUUUGGCAAAAGCGCCUACCCACGACAGGCUCAAAGAACGCGAUGAGGAGAUUGGCUGA